ACCUCAGCAGCCCUGGCCGAAAAGGUUGCUGCAAAAACUGCUGGAGAUUCGAUUCCUGAGAACAUGCUGUCGCCAUAUGGUCUCCACAUUAAUAACACCAAACAAGUGCUUCAUAAACAGUGUUCUAAUAACAAAUACCAAAGGAAUUAAUAAUAAUCUAGCUAUUAUUCUCUAAUGUUCUCACUUUAUUAAGAACAUUUAUUCUGUUCAAAUGAGCUCUUCUGGAGGAACAACAUCUGGCACCCACAUGAAUACCUGAUGACAUCUGUAUGAUCUGGGUAUCUCACAAAGUUAUUGUCAGCAACAUCUGUUUGUGCCAGCACGGCUUACAGUAAAACUAUGUUUUUCUUUUGUUCUAGGUGCAUAGCGUAAUGUCCAUGCUGUACUACACUCUGAUUAUAGCUUUUUUGAUCGGCACACAGGCAGCUCCAAAGGCUGACAAUGCACCUCUGGGGUAUCCUACCGAGCCCUCCCUGUCCAAAACCCACCGGACUAACGGACACCACGUUCCCAAGACAGCUCCGCCGCCAUCCCACAGCCGUUCGACUUGGACGAUAGAUAGGAGGGAAGCUGUAAAUAUCACUGUGGACCCAAAGCUGUUCAGGAAGAGGCGCUUCCGAUCCCCUCGGGUGCUGUUCAGCACGCAGCCCCCGCCCGUGUCGGAGCAGGGGGAGCACGCGGAAUUUCUUGGCAAUGGCGGCUCCCUCAACAGGACUGCCCGCACCAAGAGGACCGCGCACCCUGUCCUGCACCGCGGAGAGUUCUCCGUAUGCGACAGCGUCAGCAUGUGGGUUGGGGACAAAACCACAGCCACGGACAUCAAAGGCAAAGAGGUGACGGUGCUGGGAGAGGUCAACAUUAACAACAACGUUUUCAAGCAGUACUUUUUCGAGACCAAGUGUAGGGAGCCCAAGCCCGUGUCCAGCGGGUGCCGAGGCAUCGACGCCAAGCACUGGAACUCCUACUGCACCACGACGCACACGUUCGUCAAGGCGCUCACCAUGGAGGGCAAGCAGGCGGCCUGGCGCUUCAUCCGCAUCGACACGGCCUGCGUGUGCGUGCUCAGCAGGAAGGGCGCCCGGGCGCAGAGCACCCUCCUACCCCCCUACCUCAGCCUGUAAAUUAUUUUAAGUUAUAAAGGACUGCAUGGUGUAUUUAUAGUUUAUACAGUACACACAGAACCUCAUUAUUUAUUAAACUCUUUUGCAAA